AUGAAAGGCAUAUAUCCUAUUGUGUUUUUGUGUUCGAUCUUCGUAUUUAAGGAUGGUGAAGCCACGGAAGAUUAUCUUAAGUCUUAUUCGGAUCUCAUGAGGUCCUAUAUGAACCUCAGUGUAGAUCCCUGUGAUGACUUUUACGAGUAUGCCUGCGGAAACUAUCGAAAUGUGAAGCAGGACCGGUUCUCCUUAGGUGGCCGGUUCAAUUUUGACGAUAUACGUUACACAUUGGCUGACAUCACAGGUGAACUGGUGGGCAGGAUGGAUCUGGCGGAAACUCUCAAUGUGACCACUGAGUUGGAGGUGGCUCAGGGAUUCUACAACGCCUGUCUGGAAGCUAAUCUCUAUCCAUUCCCUGCAAACGAUCCCGCUUAUCUAAGGCUCAUCCGGUCGAUCGGAGGUUUUCCCGCCGUCGACGGGGCCGCUUGGGAUGCCUCCAACUUUAGCUGGUUCAACAUGAGCGCCCACCUGACUAAUUACGGCGCAAAAGGGCUGAUCAGCGAGGAGCUUCUAGCGAUAUAUCCCUUUACUCCGUACAUAAGUAAACGGCCACAGCUGGGCUUUGACACCAUCGUUCUAACUGACAACAUCGCAAGUAAUACUUCUCGCACCUACAAACUCAACGAGGAGCGCAUGCGCGGAUACCUUAGAUCCUUUGACCUACCAGAGGAUAAGAUUGCCGAUGUAAUCGACGGUAUUUUUGCCUUCUGGCGCGAGGCUCAAGAGGUUGCCGAUAAACCAAACAUUAUCUUCGACGAUAUCAAUUAUGUAGAUAUUGCCUGGAUUGAUCAAUAUGAUUUGGUUAUAAAAAAUCCGUACUUUGAAAAAUUAGACAAAGUUUGUGCCCGGCACACUGAAGCGGUGGCCAAUUAUCUGGCCCUGCAGUUGCUCUUUACAUUUGACGCCAAACUCGAGGCGACCAAGUACCAAAAUGACUACUGCAAAUUAGAGCUGCAGACCUCCAUGUCUUUCCUCUUCAACAAACUCUAUAUGGCAGAGUAUUUCACUGACGAAAAAAUGUUGGAGGUUGCUAAAAUGGUUGAGGAACUGCAAAAAAGUGUUAGAUUGGAUAGCGACGAUCUGUGUCCCAACCUUAAUUACGACAUCGGCUCCGCUGAGGAUGAAUUACUUACCGACCGCCUAAUCCGGGAGAUUCGUCGGCUGGAAGUAGUCAAAGAUAGCUACGCGGCGACUAAUAUAAAUCAUCAUCGCCUAAGGGUCGAUAUCGACCGCUUCAACAGACGCCACGUUCAGGAAUUGUCCAAUGCCACAAAAUCACAAAUUUUUCUGCUGGGGAUGCAGGUGCAAGCUUAUUAUUUUCGCCACUCUGUUAGCAUCUUCGCUGGCCUUCUGCAUCCACCCGUUUACCACCAAUCUUGGCCGCUCUCUUUGAAAUUUGGCACCCUAGGCAAUGUCAUCGGCCACGAGAUCACGCACAGUUUUUAUUUUUUCACAGAUUCAUUGUUGAUGUUUUGUUGGAAACAAACAAACACAAAAUGCUUUGUGGAUCACUACAGUAAUUACCUGAUUCCGGAGAUUGGUCGUCAUAUCGAUGGCGAAAGGACAGUGCAUGAGAACAUCGCCGACAACGGUGGAUUGCAAUACGCAAUGGCGGCCUACCGCAGCCACAUGAAACUUCUAGAGGAUCGUGGGCAGGAAAAGAUCAGCGAGCAGAUGCCAGGACUCGACCUGUUGCCGGAGCAGCUCUUCUUUCUGGGCUUCGCUCAGCUAUUCUGUUCCGAUUACAAAAAGGAGCAAUACUGGGAUCGUCUGCAAGACACUCAUACCGUCGAAAAGUAUCGCGUUUUGGGAGCCUUGUCCAACAACGAGGACUUCUUCAAGGUCUUCAACUGCCCAGUGGGAAGUCGCAUGCGUCCUGAGGACAAAACUUGCCGCCUGUAAUAAUCUUUUC